AUGGACGGGCCGGAGAUCAGAAAGAUUGGAGGUUCCGCUGAAGAUCUCGUCGCCAGAAGAUUCCCUGAAAAAGUUGUGGAGCUCAGUAAUUUUCUGAAGGCUCCCGAGCUGAACGUUACAGACCUAAUUUCACUCCGUGCGGAAUUAGACAUCCCCGUGCCGGAUCCCAAGAAGGAUGAGGAGCGUCGCAAACAGCGGGAAAAAGAAGAGAAGGAGGUGAAAAAAGAAGAGAAGAGCUCUAAGAAGGAGGAUGAGGACAAAGCCCCACCGUGUGGACCCGUUUGCCACAACGACAAGAUCACCGCUUUGCUGAACCGAGUGAAGCCCGAGAUCCAGGGGGCAAAGGAGAAACUGAACGUGGUUUCUCUCUGGCUACAGCUCCUGGUGCCACGGAUCGAAGACGGGAAUAAUUUUGGGGUUGCGGUGCAGGAAAAAGUAUAUGAGUUGUUGACUUCAGCUCGGACGAAGCUGGAAGGAUUUCAGACACACAUCUCCAAGUAUUAUUCUGAACGGGGAGAAGCCGUUGCCAAAGCUGCCAAGAGCCCCCAUGUGGGUGACUACCGCCAGCUGGUGCACGAGAUUGAUGAAGCGGAGUACGCGGAAAUCCGAUUCAUGAUCAACGAACUGAGAAACAUUUACGCUGUGGUCUACGACAGCGUCCUGAAGAAUUUUGACAAGAUCAAGAAACCCCGGGAUGAAAACAAAGGGAUGAUCUACUAAAUGGAUCAGCCGGUGAUCGGGACCGAAGGAAACCGCCCCCCCCCCACAAAUCCCGUACCCUCUUCCUUUCCCGAUCAACUCAAUCCCCUUUAAAUAAACAGAUCUUUAAAAACAC